AUGCACUAUUAUCAUAAAAUAUUCUAUGAGGAUUACAAGGAGUUGGUUGAACUCUGUCUCUUAGUGCUGGCUUAUCCAAUGCAGACUGAUGGCAAGUACCAUUUCCGUGUUCCUAGAGCAUAUCACAUGGUCAGAUGGAUGACCAAAGUUAUCUACUGUCUCAAAAAUGAUGCACCAGUCAAGGACCUGCAACUUUUGAGCAGAAUUGAACAAUAUUCUGAAAUCAACAAAAAUGUAGCAAGUGCUGGCACAAAAAAGUUUAAGAAUCAUCUGUGGUAUCUCGGUACAGAAAUGGUUUGGCUGUCAUUGUUCUCAAAUAAGGUUGCAAAUGCUAAGGAGCAGUUGACAAUGGAAGCAAUGACUGCAGUAGAUUCUGACUGCAGUGUGCAAGGUGUUAAAUAUUAG